CCUGCCCGGGCUGCUUGCCGCCGCCAAGCGCUCUGUGCUCUGCUCCUUGCUGGGUGCAGCGCCUGCCCCGUAGCCAUGGCCGGAGUCGUGGUCAGUGGAACUCAAGUGUCCUACGUAGGUCAAGACUGCAGAGAAAUUCCAGAGUACCUGGGCAGAGACUGUGGACAUUUUGCAAAGAGGCUGGAUCUGAGCUUUAACCUUCUGAGGUCACUGGAAGGACUGAGCGCUUUCGGGAGCCUGGAGGAACUCAUCUUGGACAACAAUCUGCUGGGGAACGACCUCGUGUUGCCAGGGUUACCCAGGCUCCAUACCUUAACCCUCAACAAGAACCAAAUCACUGAUUUGGAGUGUCUGCUUGAUCACCUGGCAGAAGUGACUCCAGCUCUGGAGUACCUCAGCCUGCUGGGUAAUGUGGCGUGUCCCAAUGAGCUGGUCAACUUGGAAAAGGAUGAAGAAGACUACAGGAGAUACAGAUACUUUGUUCUGCACAAGCUGCCCAACUUGAAGUUUCUGGAUGCCCGGAAAGUAACCAGACAAGAGCGGGAGGAGGCUUUGCUCAGAGGGGCGUUCAUGAAAGUGGUGAAGCCCACAGAUUCCAGUGACAGUGUUGUUGCCUCUCCGGAGUGCCACUAUACACCCCUGCCUUCUGCUUCCAGAGAACUCACCAGCCACAGAGGUCUCUCACAGAAACAUUUAAUGAUAAGAUGUCAUCGUUACUACAGCAGUGUUGGAGACCUACCAAGAGUGACAUCAUCGUCCCGGAGUCCUGAGCUCCCCUCGGAGAGGUCGUACAGGCUUCAGGGCCGAUGAGAAACAGGUCACAGAUCUCCCCGAAACCACAGCGCACCUGGCCCGUGGAAUGCACACUGGGGCGCCAAGCACGGUUUCCCUCAGUCGGCCCACCUCCCCCUGCCUUCAGAGCCUUUCCUCUGCUGAACUAACGACUGGCACUCAGGGAGUCUAAUAUCCACGGAGUCUUGGCCCUCAAUUACCGUAAUGGCUUAUAAUGAGAUUUUGGCCAAGUAGCAGGUAGCAGGUUAUUACUUCCUGCUCAGCGUGGGCAAUGUCUACGCUGUUAAUUUGUGUUGCCGAAUGUGGCUCAGAGCUGGGCAUCAAAC